UCAUUCUUUUCUCCUUCAACCUAACAAUUUGAACAGAUUUUAAGCUCUGAAAAACAACAACAAAAAAAUGUCUGUUGAAAAUUUAGCUUUCUCCUUCUCUGUUUUACCAACUAUUUCUGUUCUUUCACUACCCAUUUUAUUGUCUUCCAUUUUUUUCAUUUCCAUUUUUACUUUCUUGCUUUACCCAGGUGGGUUAGCAUGGGCUGUUUCACUUUUCAAGGCCUCUAAUGGCAGGCCCGCUUCCGCCAUUCCUGGCCCAGCGGGCCUUCCUUUGGUGGGUCUUGGGUUUGCUUUCACUUCUGAGAAUACCCACAGAGUUUUGGCUAAGAUAGCUAAUAGACUCAAUGCUAUGCCAUUAAUGGCGUUUUCUGUUGGGUUGACUCGGUAUAUCAUAGCGAGUCAGCCUGAGAUUGCGAAAGAGAUUUUAAACAGUUCUGAGUUUGCUGAUCGUCCUAUUAAAGAGUCUGCAUAUGAGUUGCUUUUUAAUAGGGCUAUGGGUUUUGCUCCUUUUGGGGAUUAUUGGAGGAAUUUGAGAAGAAUUUCUGCCACUUAUCUUUUUAGCCCUAGAAGAAUUUCAUCUUUUGGGGUUUUUAGGGAGGAAAUUGGGUUAAAAAUGGUGGAACAAGUUAAUAAUUUGAUGGGCAAAAAUGGGAAUGUUGAGAUAAAAAAUAUUUUACAUUUUGGGUCUUUAAACAAUGUUAUGAUGAGUGUUUUUGGGAAAGGGUAUGAUUUCUUUGAUGUGAAUGGGAAUGAAAAGGAAGGUGAGGAACUUGAAGGGUUAGUUAAAGAAGGGUAUGAAUUACUUGGUAUCUUCAAUUGGGGUGACCAUUUUGCCCCACUAAAAUGGUUAGAUUUACAAGGGGUUAGAAGUAGGAGUAAAACCCUAGUUGAGAAAGUGAAUGUCUUUGUUGGGAAGAUCAUAGAUGAGCAUAGGAUGGCUAGGAAGGAAAAUGAUGGUGUUGUUAAAGGUGAAAUUGAUUCUUCUAAGGAUUUUGUUGAUGUGCUUCUUGAUUUGGAUGAUGGGGAGAAUAAACUUGAUGACUCUGAUAUGAUUGCUCUUCUUUGGGAAAUGAUAUUUAGAGGAACUGAUACAGUAGCCAUUCUCCUAGAAUGGAUUCUUGCAAGGAUGGUCAUACACCCAGACAUUCAAGCCAAAGCACAAGCUGAAAUCGACUCGGUAAUCGGAUCCAACAACCCAGUUACCGAUUCGGACCUCCCAAAACUUCCUUACCUCCAAGCCAUCAUCAAAGAAACCCUCCGGGUCCACCCACCGGGCCCACUUCUAUCAUGGGCACGUCUCUCAAUCCACGAUACCUAUGUCGGCCCUCAUUUCAUCCCAGCCGGAACUACAGCCAUAGUUAACAUGUGGGCCAUAACCCACGACGACAAGAUCUGGCCCAAUGCCAAUGAGUUCAACCCGGAAAGAUUCAUGGAAGAAGAUGUUCCUAUCAUGGGUUCGGAGCUCCGCCUCGCUCCGUUUGGGGCGGGCAGGAGGGUUUGCCCGGGUAAGGCAAUGGGCAUGGCAACAGUUCAACUAUGGUUAGCCCAAAUGUUGCAGAAUUUCAAGUGGGUCCCUUCUGAUCAAGGUGUUGACUUAACUGAGUGCCUUAAGCUUUCUAUGGAGAUGAAAAAGUCUUUGGUUUGUAAGGCUGUUCCUAGGAUUGUUGCUUAAACAGCUGGUUUAAUGGUUAUAAUACUACUAUAAGUAUUAUUAUUAAUAUAAUUAUAAAGAUAAGGGAUGUUUCUUCCAUGAUUUUGCUACAUUUGUAUGGAAGAGACUAUAAUAGGCUUUAAAAAUGAAAU